GGAAGCUUCCUUCUAGGAGCCGGCAACGUGUGUCAGGGAGCUGAGGCAGUGUAUAGCUGUGCUUUGGGCCUGUAGCUGCUGGAGAGACUCACCAUGACGGAGCGAAAAGGAACAGCUAAAGUUGAUUACCUCAAGAAGAUUGAAAAAGACGUACAGGCAAAGUGGGAUGCUGAGAAUCUAUUUGAAGUCAAUGCCUCUGAUCCACAGGCUCAGAACAGCAAAGGCAAAUACCUUGUAACAUUUCCUUAUCCGUACAUGAAUGGACGUCUUCACUUGGGACACACAUUCUCGCUGUCUAAAUGUGAGUUUUCUGUUGGCUAUCAGAGACUGAAAGGCAAAAUAUGCCUCUUCCCAUUUGGCCUGCAUUGUACUGGCAUGCCAAUUAAGGCUUGUGCAGAUAAAUUAAAAAGAGAAAUAGAGUUGUAUGGCUGUCCACCUCAGUUCCCAGAGGAAGAGGAGGAGGAGGAAGAAGAAAAGCUAGCAAAGAAAGACGAUGAGGUGGUAAUCAAGGACAAAGCCAAAGGAAAGAAGAGUAAGGCAGCUGCAAAAUCUGGUUCUGCAAAAUACCAGUGGGGAAUUAUGAAGUCUCUUGGUCUUUCUGAUGAACACAUAGUAAAAUUUUCUGAAGCAGAACACUGGCUUGAUUAUUUCCCUCCUCUCGCUGUUGAAGAUCUCAAGAGUAUGGGGUUAAAGGUGGACUGGCGCCGCUCCUUUAUCACCACAGAUGUAAACCCUUUUUAUGACUCUUUUGUUAAGUGGCAGUUUGUAAAGCUGAAAGAAAGGAAUAAAAUCAAGUUUGGUAAAAGGUACACUAUCUAUUCCCCAAGAGAUGGGCAGCCCUGCAUGGACCAUGACAGACAAACUGGAGAGGGCGUUGGACCCCAGGAAUACACAUUAAUCAAAAUGAAAGUUCUUGAGCCCCUCCCAACAAAAUUAAGUGGCCUUAAGGGCAGGAAUGUUUUCCUGGUGGCAGCUACCCUACGCCCGGAGACCAUGUUUGGACAGACUAACUGCUGGCUGAGACCUGAUAUGCCCUAUAUUGCUUUUGAAACAACCAAUGGUGAUAUAUUCAUUUGCACUCAAAGGGCAGCCAGGAAUAUGUCAUACCAAGGCUUCACCAAAGACAAUGGAGUUGUUCCUGUUGUCAAGGAGCUCAUGGGAGAGGACCUUCUUGGUGCUGCUUUGUCUGCCCCACUCACCUCUUAUAAAGUGAUAUAUGCUCUUCCGAUGUUAACUAUUAAGGAAGAUAAAGGCACUGGUGUGGUGACCAGCGUCCCAUCUGAUGCACCAGAUGAUAUAGCAGCCCUGAGAGACCUGAAGAAAAAACAAGCACUCAGACAGAAGUAUGGGAUAAAAGAUGAGAUGGUGCUGCCUUUUGAACCUGUGCCAAUCAUUGACAUACCAGGCUAUGGUAACCUCUCUGCUCCAGCGGUCUGUGAUGAACUAAAAAUUCAGAGCCAGAAUGAUAGGGAAAAGCUAACAGAGGCAAAGGAGAAAGUCUACCUUAAAGGCUUCUAUGAAGGUGUCAUGAUAGUCCCUGGAUACGAAGGCCAAAAAGUUCAGGAUGUGAAAAAACCCAUUCAGAAAAAGAUGGUCGAUAAUGGCGAAGCUAUGAUUUACAUGGAACCCGAAAAGCAAGUUAUUUCUCGUUCUGCUGAUGAGUGUGUGGUGGCACUAUGUGACCAGUGGUACUUGGACUACGGUGAAGCAAAGUGGAAGGAGCAAACUACAGAAUGCUUGAAGAACCUGGAAACAUUCUGUGACGAGACCAGGAGAAACUUUGAAGCAACUCUUGGCUGGCUGCAGGAACAUGCUUGCUCAAGGACAUAUGGCUUAGGUUCUCGCUUACCUUGGGAUGAGCAGUGGCUGAUUGAGUCCCUUUCUGAUUCAACAAUAUACAUGGCCUACUACACUGUCUGCCAUCUACUGCAGGGGAAGGAUCUUAGUGGUCAAGGGGAAUCGCCGCUUGGUAUAAGGCCAGAGCAAAUGACUAAAGAGGUGUGGGAUUACAUCUUCUUUAAGAAAGCCCCCUUCCCAAAGACUACCAUCCAGAAGGAGAAGCUGAAUAAGCUGAAGCAAGAGUUUGAGUUCUGGUACCCCGUGGACUUGCGGGUAUCUGGCAAAGACCUUGUUCCAAAUCAUCUGUCCUAUUUCCUCUACAACCAUGUGGCUAUGUGGCCUGAAGACAGUGGGAAAUGGCCGGUUGCAGUUAGAGCAAAUGGGCACCUGCUACUAAAUUCUGAAAAGAUGUCGAAGUCUACAGGAAACUUCCUUACUUUAAGCGAGGCAGUUGAAAAGUUUUCAGCUGAUGGUAUGCGUCUGGCUUUAGCUGAUGCUGGUGACACCGUGGAAGAUGCCAACUUUGUGGAAGCCAUGGCUGAUGCAGGGAUUUUGAGGCUGUACACUUGGGUGGAGUGGGUUAAAGAAAUGCUUGCAAACUGUGACAGCCUGAGAAGCGGAACAUUCCACACCUUUAAUGAUCGUGUUUUUGCAAGUGAAAUCAGUGCAGGAAUUGUCAAGACUGAGCAAAAUUAUGAAAAAAUGAUGUUCAAGGAAGCCCUGAAAACAGGAUUUUUUGAAUUUCAGGCUGCAAAGGAUAAGUACCGGGAGCUGGCCAUUGAAGGCAUGCACAGAGACCUGGUGUUUAAGUUCAUAGAAACACAGACGCUGCUUCUGGCGCCAAUAUGUCCUCACUUGUGUGAGCAUAUAUGGUCUUUGUUGGGGAAGACCGGUUCACUUAUGCAGGCUUCAUGGCCAGUUGCAGGCCCUGUGGAUGAAGUGCUGAUCCGCUCUUCUCAGUAUCUUACUGAAACUGCCCAUGAUCUCCGAAUAAGACUUAAAAACUACAUGGCUCCAGCUAAGGGAAAAAAGGUGGACAAACAGCCCCCCCAGAAGCCUUCACACUGCACCAUAUAUGUGGCAAAGAACUAUCCACCAUGGCAGCACAAAACCUUGCUUACUCUCCGUAAGCAUUACGAGGCUAAUGCGGGACAAUUGCCAGAUAACAAAAUCAUAGCCAUGGAACUAAAUGCUUUGCCAGAGCUGAAAAAAUACAUGAAGCGCGUUAUGCCGUUUGUUGCCAUGAUCAAGGAAAAUCUAGAUAAGAAUGGAACCAGAGUUCUUGACCUGGAAUUGGAAUUUGAUGAGCGAACUGUUCUGCUGGAGAAUAUUGUCUACUUGACAAACUCAUUGGAGCUGGAUCAAAUUGAUCUGAAGUUUGCUUCUGAUGCAGAUGACAAAGUUAAGGAGGAAUGUUGCCCUGGAAAGCCAUUUUCAGUCUUUAGAACAGAGCCUGGUGUGCCAGUUUUCCUUGUGAACCCACAACCAGCAAAUGGCCACUUUUCCACCAAAAUUGCCAUUCAGGAAGGAGACAGCAGAGAUUCAAUUAUAAGACGCAUAAUGAAGAAUGACCGGGGAAUCAAAGAUGUCACAAAGGUGAAAGUAAUGCGGUACAACGACCCAGUGUUAGGACCCCGCCGAGUGCCCGUUCUUGGAAAAGAAGAAGUGGGGAAAACUUUCAUAUCCCAGCAAGCUGCCUUUCACAUUGACCUGAAUGAGAAGAAAGUGCACGUUGCAGACAACGGCCUGAAGACUGAUAUCGGAGACACGUUGGUUUACAUUGUCGAGUAAUAGCAGCAAUGCUUCUCUAAAUGUGCCUGAAUAUGUUGCAACAGUCCAUUUUGAUAGCAGUUAUUAUUAUGAAUUUAACACCCACGUUGCAUCAUGCAGUGCAGAAAGGCAGAGCCCACACCAGUGUUACAUACUGAAUGGAUCAGACUUAUAGAAGAUAUUUUCUAGGAAGGGACACAUUUAGAACUAUCCAGCUUUGGAUUGUCUGUUAGACCUGCAUAUGCCAAGCUGAACCGUCCAGGACCUAAAAAACACUUCCAAAAGGGUGAUGUUCCCUUCCAUUUAUUCUGUUCAUCAGAAUGGCAACACAAGCAUAAGUACGUGAAAAUCUUUGUUUAAAUAGAGUCUACUACGAAGAGGUAGCGUUCAUAAAUCUGUUCAUAACGCCAUUAGAUAUAAGUAACAGUGUGGCGUUUAUCACAACGACAAUUUUUGUACUGCACCGAUUACGUCCCUUUGAGUGAGUGUUCUCUACCUAGUGUAUUAGGCUCUGUCAUGUUCUGCAUAUAUAUAUUUAAAAUAAAUAAUGCUCUCUCUCCACGGGGAGAGAACUCUGUCUUAA